AUGUCCACAUCGAAAGUCACCACGCCGUCAUCAUCCAAGGCUUCGACCAAAAAGGACGGUUCUGCUCCUCGCCAGAGCCGUUUCAGAGGCGACGUUCCUGCCUUCAACCCAACAGGCCAGUCGCCAUUCGUUUUGGCACAACAAUAUCAAACUCCGCCCCAGGCAUUUCCACAGCAGCAGCAGCCUUACCAGCAGCAUCCCCAGAUGAUGUACGGUGGCCAAGUGCCGGGCGCAUACAUGCAAUACAUGGGCUACCCUGAGUACAUGAUGGGGUACCCAUACUAUCCCAUGCCAACGACGCCAUUCCCACAGCCAUACAUGGCGCCACAUAUGAACAGCAUGAACGGCAUGAACGACGCAUAUCCUCCUCAGCAGGCACCAGAACCAGCCUCUACACUCUCUGAAGAGACUCCUCCCACCACACAAGUCAUAGAACAGGAGGAGACCAAGCAGACCGAAGUUGAAGAGCCAAAGCCCAAAAAGGAGGAGUCCGUGCCUGUCGGAACCUUCCCACUUCUAUUUAGCACUUCUCAUGAGGAAUACUCCAGUGCUAGAUCCGAGGCCGCCAGCGAAAAGAAGAAUCUACUUGCAUCUAAACUCGGUCGUGUGCAAAAGUACGUUCAACAACAGAAGACCCAAUCGGGUGGCCUUGCCAAUCUAAUCAUCAACAAGAACGCUACUUUCACUGUCCUCGACCACAGCACCGGUAAAUCUGCCACCCAGCUUAUAUACCCCGCAGAACUUGCCAACUCUGAGUCCGCUGACCAAGAACAACCUAAUAAUGAUAACGACCUGAACGACGCAACGACAAGACCAUCGAACUGGGCCUCUGUGCUUCAGAGCACAGCUACCAAAAAGGUUUCCAAGAAGACCGCAUCAGCAUCCAAGACCACUCAAGCUGCUGUCGAGAGUAAGUCUGCCUCUCCAACACCAUCUAUAAACAACGGACCGCAAGCCCUUGGGUUGUUGCUGUUGAAGAUGUUGUUUGAGCCCGAAUUCUCCUUGAACUCUUACCCAUCGUAUUCUAUCAAUCCAAGGGGAUUGACGAAUACGGGUAACAUCUGUUACAUGAAUGCUGUGCUCCAAUGUCUCAUGUUCUGCGAGCCUUUCAACAAGCUUAUUCGUUACGUUGAUGAGCACGCUGUCGGCUCUCUUGAUAAGACCUCCCAGCAGCCUAUUGUCGAUGCGACCAUUAAUUUCAUUAAAGACUUUUUGAAGCUCACAACCCAAAAUGGUUCUAACGGCAGCAACGGCACACUCAAUAGCCAUGGCAUUGUCGUCGGUCGGCCGCUUUCUCCAGAGGUGCUUUACCAGAAGCUUGUGGAGAACACUAAGUUUAAGCACCUCAAAUGGGGUCAGCAAGAAGAUGCGGAGGAGUUUUUGACGUACUUCUUGGACGGUCUUCACGAGGAUUUUGUUCGUGCAGAGGCUACAGUUCCAACUACACAGGUUGAUGAGCUUAUAGACUUUUGCCAGCAAAAGCUUAAUGACAGUGCAAGCAAGCAGAACGUUAAAAGCAAAAUUAAGACUGCUUAUCGCGUCACCAAGCAGUCACUCAACCACGGCGAGGAAAUGGAAGCCCUGGAUGAGGAAGAAGAGACAAACGGAUGGUCAGAGGUCGGCAGCGGGAAACGGGUUUCCAAAAAGCGGGUCGUCGAUGUUGAACCAUCACCCAUUACCCUGAUUUUUGGCGGCAGGUUCCGCAGUGUGUUGACCAUACCAAAGGGCAAGGAGUCCCAGUCUAUCACGGUCGAUCCUUUCAGAUGUAUGCUGGUUGACAUCUCCCAGAAGGACGUGACCACCAUAGAAGAUGCAUUGUGGAAUCUGCAUCAAAUUGAAAAGAUUCCGUUCAAGAUCGACGCUGAGCGUGAGGUUACUGCCAAGAAGCAAACAUUCAUUGACCAGCUUCCAAAAGUGUUGCUUCUCCAGCUUAAGAGAUUUGCAUACCAGCAGGAGGCAGACAACCUGAGCAGAGAGGGCUCCGCUGAGCCCAACGGCAAGGAGUCGGUGAGCUACGGCACCAUCGAAAAGGUGAUGAAGGACGUCAAAUUCGACUUGGACUUGGAAAUUCCACCCGAGUGUCUUUCGUCAACGCUUCGCUCUGCCGACCCUAAGCCCGCCUACAAACUCGUGGGCGUAAUCUAUCACCACGGCCGCAACGCUGAGGGCGGCCAUUACACGUGCGACGUAUACCGAAAUGGCAUCGCCGAGACGUCGACGGCGAGCGAGAAGAAGUGGUUGCGCAUCGACGACACAUCGGUGGAGGCGAUUUCGUCCGACGCUGUGGUGGAAACCCCGAGGCCAAGGACAAGAGUGCGUACAUUUUGA